GCUUUGCUGUGUGUGCGACUCGCAUUGCGGUGCGGUGCGACUAGUGCGGUGUGUCUGCUUGUGGAAUGGAAAUUAGAUGGCCAUGGCAACCUUGGCGUGUGGCUGGCUGGGGGCUGUUGGAGAGGAGAUGCGAACGACCUGCGCCGCGGCAUGCAUAGUUGAUUGGAGGGGGAACCAAGGAACGAAGCGGGGGAAAGCGACGCUACACGACACGAGGCAGCUCGAUUUGGCCCAACGAGCCGCCAUUCGGCACAGAAGGGCAAUGCAGCAGGAUGUUGACUAGGUUGAGGGCAGAAACAAAGCUAUCUUGGUGUCAAAAUACCCAUCAGCGUAUAGCUUAUCCCA